AUGCCCUCUCUUUUCCUCGUUUUAGCUGCAGCCUCGGCUGCCAGUGCCAGCGUUGACGUUGUUUGGCAAUAUGCGAAAGCAUCUCAAAGUUCACUCAGCGUCUAUAAUGGCACUUCCCUGCUUGCACAGAGCUGCUCCAGCUUUCUCUCGGAUGAAACUACCAGUAUUGACUUCUCUGAUGUUGACGAGAAUGGCUUUGGUAAUUUUACUGUCGGCCAUAAACACUACCUUGUCCACUCGAAGGCUGAGUAUUCUGGUGGGCCAAUCUGCAUCAAGAAGUUCAACCACGAGGCAACUGUGGUUGAAUGCUCUGGUGUUAAUUGGGAGCCCUCUCCCAAAGUCAAAAUCGAUCACAACUGCCAUUCCAAAGAACACGAGACUGUCUUUCGUUUCCUCAACUCCAAGAACUCAAAGUCUUUUGCCAAGCGAGAGCCAAGCCCGAUCAAUGAUCCCCCGCCCUGCUCAGUUCUGACGAUGACUUCACUUGUCGGUGAUGGUGAUCCUCAUCAGAACUACUUCCACAAACAGCUUUCUGAAGUUGUCAGUUGCGGUUCAGCACCUUCAUGCAGUGUGGGAAAUACCCAGUCGGUAUCUUAUACCAUCGGAUGGACUGCAAGCUUAACUCCUGUAAGCUGGAUCAGUGGCGGAUUCUCUGUUUCCGAGAGCUGGUCGACUGGUAAUACCUAUUCCUGUACCGGGAGCACUGGUGAAGACGUUUGUGUUUGGUAUAACACUGCUCAUACCGCUUACACUGUUCAGAACAUGCAGCGAGACUCCUGUGCGGUAGGAGGCGGCUGGGAUGCUGAUGGAGACCCGUUCGUUAUGUUUUCACCUAACGCAAAUAACCGCGGGGGUGGUUACUACUGCGUCAUAGGCACAUGCAGAGCUCAGGGUGAUAACUAUUGGGAUUACAGUGGUCGGGCUGGUGGCCCUUAG